GUUGCCCCAGCACUGCGCGAGACGAGCGCCCAGAGGAGGCUGAAGGUGCAGCACGGCUGCCCCGUGGGCACGCGCAAAGGAUGUUCACUAGCGAGAGGGAGAGUGGGCAGGAGGACGAAAAUGGAGGGUAUGAACAUACCAAAGGAGAAAGAGAGGAAAACGUGACGAGAACGAUCAGCACAAAAAUGGAGCUGCUUGGACAGAUCGCUCGCCAUCGCGUGCGAGUUGAGCGACUCUCCCGACACAGCGGCAUCGUACUAUAACGGUGCCACUGCGCACAAGGCAUGGACUGGUGAUGAUUGGUGCCAAGCGGGACAAGGCUCGACAACACCACCCGCUUGUGGGACAGCGCCUCCACCCUCCCGCCUUCUCGAACACUGCGAGCAGAGAAGGCGCGGAGAGAGGAAAAAGUGGCACAGAGGGGUGGAUAGAGAGGAGUGAGGCGGGCGAGAUCGGGUCUGCCGGCUCUGGUGCCGGCUCGCUGCGUCGGGACUCGGGGCGACGAGCUAUCGGCGCGCGGCGGACGGAAAACGCCCCGUGGGCAGCGUCCGCCGUGCUCAUCCGGCGCUUGCUGGGCGCCGCGAACUGGCAGUAGUGAUGCUGGUGAUGGAGGUGGUGAGAUGAUCAUGGUGAGGCGACACAAAACUUGCCGUGCGCACGCGUCGCGUGCGCACCGCCGCCACCCUGCCGGGAGCGUGUUCGGGCGCGGGCGGCCGAGCUCCUUGCGCCCAGGAGGGAACUAAAACAAUUUCGUGGAGGCGCGCCAUGCAGGCUCGGGGAUCGCCCAAGUGAGAAAGCCGGGCGCCAGUCUGCGACCCAACCCGACCACUUGUCGCACCAGAAGUCCCCGUCGAAUCGAGUAGGAAUCGCGGGCCCAACCCGAACCGAACCGCAUCGAAGCGAAUCGCAGGCGGCCCUGUCUGUGCCACGCAAGAGGCUAUGAGGGGUGCACCUUCUGGCAGAGAGGGAGGCUUCUCACUUCGCAUUGGCAGCGCGAGGAAACAAAAAGGCGAAUUCGCUCCCCCGGGGCAUCUUUGGACGAAUCGCCCAAGCUGCCCGCUGUGUAAGCGCGCGCGAAGCGAAAUAAUGCGUCGCGCACGCCGCCGGACAAAUCCGGCUGCAGACACGAGGGACAUCACAGUAGUACGCUCGCAAGGCAGGCAGAGCGACACCAUGCAACAACCUUGAAGGGAUUGGCUCAAAAAAGAUUGCCUGGCUGAGCUCAUCUCGCUUAGAUGGUGCGGGAUGCUCGAGCGACAAUCGCGGACCCGGUGAAUAAAUGUCGAUUGUGGUAACCGCCUCCUUGCAGAUCUCGCCGCUGGACAACUCCGGCAGCGUAGAAGUAGGAGGUGCAGAAGAGAUCCAAGCGCGUCCACUCGUCGGGGUCAGGUUGCCCUAGAAGGGACAACGCAGCCGCAAGGCGGCAAAGAUCCUAGCACUGGAGCCGCUCAGAGAGACGAGCUCCCCGUCGCCGAUGGCUAACCGAGUGGCUGAGCGUAAUUUCCUGCCUGCUGGAUGCUUAGCCUCUGCUAUCUUUCCCAGCCGUGGCGCGCUUCACCCAGUGGCAAAAAGCCGCGACGGAACAGACGGAGGGAGCGAGGAGGAGGGGGGGAGCAGAAGGAAGAGGAGAGCAAAGGGAGGAACAUAAAAGGACAGGCAACCGCGAGCAACGCCUCCAUGCAAAGUCCGAGCCGCCGGACAAAUCCUGGCAGCGAGAGGCUUUGCGAGGGGGUUGGGGGCAGGAAGCUUUGUGUCUUCUCAAACUGCAACGGCCAGCAGAGAUGCUGACUGAGAACGUCGGUGGAAAAAGACCAACAGGCCAACGGCGAAUCUAUCUCAAACUGUAAUGAGUGCGGGCGAGGACGGACGUAAGUGGUUCUCCGUUGCACACAUCAUUUUCGCCGGACAGCUCCGGCGAUUAACGACGGGAAAUACACAGUGGACCCACAAAGCCCGACAUCCCUCCACC